CUUGUCGGGAUGUAAAGCAAUGGCUUUAGAGCAUCCCCAUCUGGGUCUGCAUAUGGAAGUUUUCCCUAUAAUUUAGGGAUUUUUUUAGGGUUUUGUAAUAAAAACACCUCACAUCUCGUUUCCCAUUUUGCGAUCUAUCUUUCCGGUCUGUACAGAAAAUCCCCAUCUUUGUUGAUCUACUGUACAUCUGCAUCGUGUAUUUGGCUCCUGUUUCUCCCAUUCCGUCCCGCGUGUUCUUCCCUCUCGCUAGGGUAAACGGUUUGCUCCUCACAGUUCAAGCACCAUCGACGCACCAGUGAAUCGCUGAACUUGUAUGUACGUUUGAGAAGGCGAAUAUUAUGUACCAAUCGCUAGAAAAAUACAGUUUCCAGUUUGAGCAUUGUUGGCACCUAUUGAAGGACCAACCUAAGUGGAUUUGGCGCGCCACAAAGGAUGUUCCACCGCGAAGGAAGACGAUGUCCCCGUCCCUGACCUCGACCUCAACUCGAUGUUCCGCCGCUACGGAGGAUUCGGUUUUUGAUCUUGAGACGGAGAAUGUGAUAGAAAAUGAAGUUGCUGAAUUGGACCGACCAAUGGGCAGGAAAGCCGAAAAAGGGAAAUGAAAGGCCCAAGGCAAGCAAGCAGAGGAAAAUUUACAACUUAGAAAGAUGAAGUAUACUCUUUUAGAGGAGUCACGUGCUCAGGAGAAAGAGUUUUAUCGCCUUAAGGCCGAAAAGAUGGAGUAUGACAAAGAGAAAGAGGAAAAAAAAUUACGUCUUGAAGAUGAAAGACUGAGGUUGGAGGCUGAGAAGAUGAGGAUUGAGGCAGAGAAGAUGAGGAUUGAAGCUGAAAAAGAGCAAAGUAAAAUCCGUCAAGAGGACGAAAGACUGAGGUUGGAGGCUGAGAAAGUGGAGCUUGCGAAGAAGGAAUCAGAUCAACGCAUUAUAAUGAUGGAUGUGAGUGUCAUGCCAGAAAUGCAGCGGAUAUAUUUCCAGCAACUCCAGACGGAAAUCAUGAUGAGACGCAGUAAUGCCCAAGAUUUGGAUUGAUUGUAAUGUAAUUUUUUUAUUGUACUUUUGAUGAUAGUUUCCUAUUAUCCUUUUGUGCAAGUAAAUUGGAUGCCAUAAUUUCAGAAACAAUUAUAAAUUAUGCCAAAUUUAAUCCACUAUUACAUGAAA